AUGGAGCGGCUCAGCCUCGCGCUGCGCCGACAUGAGAACAGCGAGGCCCUGCCCGAGUCCCUGCCCUCGGCGCCGGGGACCCUGCCCCAUUUCCUGGAGGAGCCCGACGAUUCCUACAUCAUCAAGAGCAACCCCAUCGUGCUGCGGUGCAGGGCCGUGCCCGCCAUGCAGAUCUUCUUCAAGUGCAACGGCGAGUGGGUGCACCAGAACGAGCACGUGUCCCACGAGAGCCUGGACGAGGCCACAGGGCUGAAGGUGAGGGAGGUCUCCAUCAACGUGACGAGGCAGCAGGUGGAGGAUUUCCAUGGCCCUGAGGAUUAUUGGUGCCAGUGCGUGGCCUGGAGCCACCUGGGCACCUCCAAGAGCAGGAAGGCAUCGGUGCGCAUCGCUUAUCUUCGGAAGAACUUCGAGCAAGACCCCCAGGGCAAGGAGGUUCCCAUUGAGGGGAUGAUCGUCCUGCACUGCCGGCCCCCUGAGGGCGUCCCUGCAGCCGAGGUGGAGUGGCUGAAGAACGAGGAGCCCAUCGAUUCCAACCUGGACGAGAACAUCGACACCAGGGCCGACCACAACCUCAUCAUCCGCCAGGCGCGCCUCUCCGACUCGGGCAACUACACCUGCAUGGCUGCCAACAUCGUGGCCAAGAGGAGGAGCCUGUCGGCCACCGUGGUGGUCUAUGUGAACGGGGGCUGGUCCUCAUGGACAGAGUGGUCCAGCUGCAACGCGCGCUGCGGCCGGGGCUGGCAGAAACGUUCGCGCACCUGCACCAACCCCGCGCCCCUCAACGGGGGAGCCUUCUGCGAGGGCAUGUCCGUGCAGAAAAUCACCUGCACCUCCCUCUGCCCUGUGGACGGCAGCUGGGAGGUGUGGAGCGAGUGGUCGGUGUGCAGCCCCGAGUGCGAGCACCUGCGCGUGCGGGAGUGCGCCGCGCCCGCGCCCCGCAACGGCGGCAAGCACUGCGAGGGGCUGAGCCAGGAGUCUGAGAACUGCACCGAGGGGCUCUGCAUACAAGACGUGGAGCGCGGCGCGGACGUGGCGCUGUACUCGGGGCUGGCGGCGGCGGUGCUGGCGGUGGCCGUGCUGGCGCUGGGGGUGACCCUGUACCGGCGCAGUCAGAGUGAGUACGGCGUGGAUGUCAUUGAUUCCUCUGCACUCACGGGAGGCUUCCAGACUUUUAAUUUUAAAACAGUCAGACAAGGUAACUCCCUGCUCCUGAACUCAUCCCUGCAGCCCGAGCUGACGGUCAGCAGGACCUACAGUGGCCCCAUCUGCCUGCAGGACCCGCUGGACAAGGAGCUGAUGACCGAGUCCUCCCUGUUCAACCCCCUGGCCGACAUCAAGGUCAAGGUGCAGAGCUCCUUCAUGGUGUCCCUGGGCGUCACUGAGCGGGCCGAGUUCCACGGCAAGGCCCACCCCGGCACCUUCCCCCACGGCAGCCCCAGGACCUUUGGGACCCUCCAGGCCCGGAACAAGGCCAUGUUCAUUCAGAACCUGGCCUCCAUCUCCAGCAGCAGCGAGCUGAGGAGCACAGCCCUGUUCGGGCACCUGGGGGGCCGCUUGGUGGUCCCCAACACAGGGGUCAGUCUGUUGAUUCCACACGGGGCCAUUCCAGAGGAGAGUUCCUGGGAAAUCUACCUGGCCAUCACCCAGAGGGAGUCCAGCCUGGAGCCGGAGGGCCCCGAGGUGCUGCUGGGCCCCGAGGUGAGCUGCGGGCCCCCCGAGCUGGCCGUGAGCACCCCCUGUGCCCUGAGCAUCCCACACUGCGCCCACGCCGACCCCCAGCACUGGAGCAUCCACCUUAAAAGGAGGACCCAGCAGGGCAAGUGGGAGGAAGUGAUGUCUGUGGAAGAGGAAACUACUUCUUGCUACUGCCUGUUGGAUCCUUAUGCCUGUCACAUUCUCUUAAACAGCUUUGGAACUUAUGCCCUAAUUGGGGAACCCAUCUCAGACUGCGCCGUUCGACAGCUGAAAGUCGCCGUUUUUGGCUGCCUGUCUUGCAAUUCUCUGGAUUACAAUCUGAGGGUUUAUUGUGUGGAUAACACCCCUUGUGCAUUCCAGGAAGUGGUUUCGGAUGAAAGGCUCCAAGGGGGACAAUUGCUGGAGGAACCCAAACUUCUGCAUUUUAAAGGCAACACCUGCAGCCUCCAGAUCUCAGUGCUGGACGUGCCUCCCUUCCUGUGGAGAAUCAAACCCUUCACUGCCUGUCAGGAGGUGCCGUUCUCCCGCGUGUGGCGCGGCAGCCCCCGGCCCCUGCUCGGCGCCUUCUCCCUGGAGCGCUUCAGCCCCGCCACCACCCAGCUGUGCUGCACCGUGUGUGUCAGGCAGCUGCAGGGCCACGAGCAGCUGCUGCACAUCCAGACCUCCGUCCUCGAGGCCGAGAGAGAAAACAUCCCCUUCUUUGGCCACGAGGACAGCGCCUUCCCCGCCCAGCUGGGCCCCAAGGCCUUCAAGAUCCCGCGCUCCAUCCGGCAGCGCAUCUGCGCCACCUUCGACGCGCCCGGCGCCAAGGGCAAGGACUGGCAGCUGCUGGCACAGAAGAACAGCAUCAGCAGGAACCUCUCCUUCUUUGCCACCCAGAGCAGCCCCUCUGCCGUCAUCCUGGACCUGUGGGAGGCUCGGCACCAGCACGACGGGGACCUGGACUCGCUGGCCUGUGCCCUGGAGGAGAUUGGCAGGACACACUCCAAGCCCCCCGACGUGCCAGAGCCCGAGCUGGACGAGCCCGAGUUCCCCUGCACCAGGAAGGGGCUUUAGUCCCUCUGUCCUGCCAGGACACACGGCCAGCAGGGGUUGUGGGGAUGGAACUCGCCCCCAUCAGUGGCAACGGGAGGAGCAGAAGCUAAAAACCCUCUGGUGAUGAGGAAAACCAGCUCCUCCCUGUCCUCCUCCACUUAAAACCCACAUUUUGGUGCCCCAAACGAGCCUGCACUUGUGUCAGCGCUGGGGCAGGAGGGAGAGAGACACAGAGCCAUAAGAGGGAAAUGUUAUUCUGUAUUUAGGAACAGUCAUGUUCGUGUACUGCCUAGUGAAAAAUCAACAAAUAGCAUUGGAUAUUUCGAGCCACUGGAGGUUGGUCCUGGUUAAAAGGUUUCUCUAGUGAAAAUCAACAAAUAACACUGGAUAUUUCGAGCCACUGGAGGUUGGUCCUGGUUAAAAGGUUUCUCGCUUCAAGGGUGGUUUAAAAAUCCCAUCACGUUGUCACUUUAUGUCUGCUACAGGAAAACUGAAAAUUUGGCCUUAUCCUGUUCAGAUGUUUGAGGAAUUAGAAGAUCUCAUAAUUAUUUCACAUCGUGUGUAUUCCAAAUAAUUUGUUUUAAAAAUUCAGCCCCUUAAUGAAUGUACAUUUGCUGCAGAGCUUUGCUGCCUGCUCUGUUACCAAAAUUCCAGAACAAACCCCUUCUCUCUGAGACUGGGGGGUGUGUGCACACGCCAGAGGAAUUUUCUAAUUUUCUACGUCUGCAAACUUUCUUAGUCAAAAAACUGUCUUUGGGGGUGGAUUUAAAUAACCAAAUAACACACGGGAAAAUUUCCAGCCCUAUUUUAGCAAGUUGAGACAUUUAUUUUUGUUACUUCAUUCUCUGUGGCUGAGCUGAAGGUGAAGGCAGUCAGCACAGCUUCAUUUUGGUUUGGUUUCAGAUUGAAACCACAAACCCCACACAGCACUGCCAACACUGGCCUGGAUUUUGUUGCACAAUUUGGGAAUUUUGCGGGGUCCAGAGCUGGCUGUGUUACCUUGGUUUAAUUACAAAUUGCAUUUUCCCCAAAAAUCAGGAUCUAAGCAGAGAAUUCACGUCAUUUUUUUACCCAUGCCAUGCAGAAAUUAUUUAUGGCUUCAAUCAAACCAAAAAGAGCUGUCACUGUGAGCGAGGGCCUGGUGGAGCUGGUACUGAGCCAAAUGUCACCAUUAUUUUUGGCCAUUCUUUUCACUCCCAUCCUUCACCAUAGCCGAGGUGCUGGAGCCCAUGGGGCUGCCAGGGCACAGGCAGGAGAAAAAGGAACAGAAAUGAGGCUUUGGGAGCUUUGUGGAAAUGCAGGAAACCCAAACCAAGGGUUUGGAGGCUGUUUUAGCCUUGUGUUUGGCUGAGAGCAGGGCAGUUCCUUCACCCAGGACUGCAGGGUGAAAAUCUGAACAACAACAACGAGAUCAGCAACAUCAGCUCUGUCCUUGCUUGUGCUGCCCUGAAAUCACAAAUGUCACUGCCUGCCCAGCUCAGGAAUAGGCUGAGACAUGGAAAUCCUGAAACUUGGAAAUCCUGAGACCAGUGCAAAGCUUUCCUGCAGCUCAGCAUCUCCUGCAAGCCUGGCAGGAGGCUCCUGGCACAGGUUUCGGGGCAGACAGAAAUACCGGCUGCAAGCUGUCACUGCUUUCAGCAGCACAUGCUCCUCCAGUUCCAUCCUCACUGACUGCCAGUCCUCCUCCACAAACCUGUUCUUGGUUGGACAAAAUGUCAGGCAUUAGAAAAAAAAAACAAAACAAGGGAUGAUGGCACCGGGGGAACAAGCAGAGUCUGCGAGCUGCCGUUGUCGGGGAAACCAACCCGGCUCUGCCUGCAGCAGGGAUUUGUUCUCAGCGCCCCAGAGCUGCUCUGCUCCUGAGCAGGCUGGGUUUGUGUGCCCCAGGUGCUGCAGGGGAUUCCUGGGUUAGACAUUGGAGGGGGAUCUUUGGGAUCAGGUGUUCUGGGAAGUCUGAACCUCUCAAGUACCUCAGAAAUGGGGAAAGUGUAGGAGCCUGAAUGAGGGAUGUGGGAUUCCAGGCACCUCUCCAAAAUGCAGAUUAUUGUAUCCAAAAUGCAGUUUAUUCUAUCCAAGAUGCAGUUUAUUCUAUCCAAGAUGCUACAGUAGUCCAGGGUCAUGGAUGACAGAGCUGUGCCUCCAGCUGUCAGCUCCAGCUGCAGGCAGGCCUGGACACCCACAUCCCUCAUUCAGGCUCUUACUAAUGGCGCCCCACGUUGGGCGCCACUGUGAGAGCCAAAAUGAGAGAUGUGGGACUCCAGGGGCUCUUCAAAAUGCAGUUUAUUGUAUCCAAAAUGCAGUUUAUUGUAUACAGAAUGCAGUUUAUUCUAUCCAAGAUGCUACAGCAGUCCAGGGUCGUGGGUGACAGAGUUGUGCCCACAGCUGUCAGCUCUAGCUGCACACGAGGCUGAAGACCCUUUAAUUUUGGCUACAAAUGCAUUAUAUACUUUUCUUUCCUGAGCAUCCUAAUACCAAUCUAUAGUAGAACUAAUCUAUACCUUAACUAUUAUCUACAGCCUAUCAUAACUACUGUAAUUACCAUAUUCAUGUUGCUGUUCUCCAAUCACUAAAAGUCAGUACAUUACAAUUUAAGCUAGAAGUUUUUUUUCAGUUUUCUUGCAGUGGAAAAUUCUGAGAUCAUUUUCUACUUGCAACAUUUGCUGCCUUGUUUGCCUGUGCUAUCUUUCUGCUUCGUAAAAGCAUCUUCUUGUUUGGUGUGGGUUUAUCCUUUGCUCUAAGCCAUUAAACCCCUUCUAACUAACAUACCCUUUGCCUCCCUGGUUAUCCAGUGAGACUGGCUCAGCAAUUCUUUUCUUCUAUACCAAAACUUGCUUCCAUCUCUAUUCCUUCAUCAGACUCUACAUUUAAAAAUCCUUCUGCCAAGAACACAUAUCUCUGAGACUUUCUAGUCAAACUCUCAUCCUUCCCAACAGGAAAGAGAGAAGGGAAAUUGGGAUUAAAAGGGAGGGUUUGGGAAAUCGGGAUGAAAAGGAGCUGCAUCCUCCUGCUCUGCUCCAUCCUCCUGACAGCCCAGGGGAGCCCCAGGAUCUGUGUGGGCUCAGCCUCUGCUGCCUUUUCUCGGGGUUCUGUCCACCCUGGAGCUCUGCAGACCCUCCCAGUGCAGGACCCCCCUCUCAGAAGGACCCUGCCCUGCCCCAGAAUCCCAGCCCACCCACAAUCCCAUGUCCUGAAAGGAAAUCAAUGUCCAAGCUGGACAAUUCUAUAGGGAAGCUGUUCCCCCAUGAAGGGCUCAGUUGGAUUUGCCCUUUAGGUUUUGUUCCCUGGUUUUUCUUCUUCCCUUUGAUUAAAGCAACUCUUUGUUGCUGAUCUCACUCUUUGAGAACCUGAAUCAACAACUCUCCAGCUUUCCUUCCUAUUCCUGACUGCUUUGAUGCUCUUGUGUUCUUCAAAUGAACCAGAAAUGCCCCAAAUAUUUAUUUCCUUUCUCUCUUUCUCUUUAAAAGACCUUUUGGAAAUCCGUGCACGUAUUCAUAUGAUUUGACCCAAAACACAGAUGUGGAGGAGCACCUGGAAAAGGAUUAGAGGCCAGGAAUUAAAAAUUCAUUCCUUUCUUCUGUUGUAUAAAUUAUGAUAAUUGAAAAACAAUUUUCCCUGAACUAGAAAGUAAAAGAAGGAGAAAUGUGCAUUUCCCCCCCUGUAGAUUCCACGUGGCUGCCCUAGCUCUAUUCAGGGGAAAGAGCCAUUCUGAUUUUACAUCACCAAAGAAUCUGCUUUAAUAGAUUUUCAUUUUCCUGAGCACUUUGCCCAGGUAUUUCUGUGCCAUGACUCAUUGCAGACUAAUGGCUGCAUUUUAAAAAUGACUCCCAGCUCCGCCAGCACCAUAAAGCUCAUUUCCAUCUCGUACCGCCCUGCACUCCCACAGAAGUUUUAUUGGGAUUUUUGUAAUAGAUGAAGAGAUAUCAAACAAUUCUCUUUAAAAUCCAGCAAACUGCUUUUGUCCUUGUUUUUAUCUCUGGCCACAGCUGCUCUCCCCCUGUCUGGCCUGGGCACUGCUGCCUUUCAGAGAAUCUUAUUCAGCAUAAAUCACUUUGCAGGGUCUGGGAUAUUCACAUCACACUGCAAAUUCAUUCUUUUCCACCUGCAAGGCAGUGCUGUGAGAGUUUUAAAGCAUUCAAUAACUGAUCAAUUCCAAUUUUCCACUAAAGGGAGACACAGCCCAGGUCCACGGUGAGUUAAACAAGGGAGGGACCGGGCUGGGCUUCUGGUCACCAACUGAAUCUUCUUUUUUCAGGCUGUUUCUGCCUGUAAAACACAGAUUGCAGCAAAGAGCUGCUCUUGGCUGGUAAUUAACUGAGUGGAAAACAGGAAAUGAGAUUUGAAGUCCUUGACAACCAAGGACGAUCUCCAGGGUUGCCUCUGGCCUUUCCUUGGCUGACGCCCCCAGGGAGUUCUGUCUCACCUGGAGCACAGCAGGAAAGGGGAACAUCCCUCACCCAGGGCCUGCCCGUGGUUUCCCAGGGGCUGCUCAUUCCUGGGAUGAGCUCUGCUGAAAUUCCUCCCUUGACACUGCUCCUGAUCCUGCAGGGGCUGGGGUGUGCACAGCCCUCCCUGCCCAGCACCAAGGUUUUGGGGUGGAAUUGGUGAAGUUUGGGGUGCCCUGCACCCAGCCUGGGCACAGCAGGAGGGGAAAGUUUGGGGUUUCCUCCCAAACCCUCCCAGCACUGACUAGCCCCUGGCUCUGGCAGAGUGGAACAUCCAGCCCCUGCCAUGCCCACGCUGGAAUUGGGAAUAUUGACCCAUGGAAUUGGGAAUAUUGACCCAUGGUUGGGAUAUCUCCUCAAGGAAUCCCUUCAGAUGUCUCUGGUUGGGAUAUCUCCUCAAGGAAUCCCUUCAGGUGUCCCUUGUUCAGGCACUGGAGGGGGAGGAAGGAAACUCCAAACCCCAGCCCCAGAUUUUUAGGUGAAGCUGUCGAUUUUCCCAUCCUUUCCCCCCUCAUCCUCCACCCCAGCCCCUGUGCUGAGCCCCAGGGCUCCUGAGUGCCUCUCCCAGCUGGGCAGGGCACACACAAACCCUGGGCUCACAACCACAGCUUUGGGAACACAAACUCCAUCCCCUCACCUGGCACUCCCCCAUCCCGCUGUGACCCCGAUAUCCCAGCUGAUAAACGGCUACAAAAAUGUUAAAUGUGCUCCUUGUGUUGGUUUGGAUAAGAUAAAACGUGGUGCUGGUCAGUCUGCAGAGGCUCUGGGCAGUGUCACACAAGAGAUAACAAAAUUCCCAUUGCAUCCUCAACUUCCAGAACUUUAAGCCAGCUCUUAGGUGAAAACGGGGGGAGGAACUUCAACCCAGCCCGACACAAAAUAUAAAGAAUUCCUAAAAAGAGAAAAAACCAAAAAACAGAAGGAGCACAUGUAACAUUUUUGCAGCUGUUUAUUAGCUGGGCAUUUUGCCCCAACAAAAUGCCCAGCUGAUAAAUGCCUAAAAAAUGUUAAAUGUGCUCCUGUUGUUGGUUUGGAUAAGAUAAAACGUGGUGCUGGUCAGUCUGGUGAGACUCUGGGCAGUGUCAGACAAGAGAUAACAAAAUUCCCAACUUGCAUCCUCAACUUUAAGCCAGCUCUUAGGUGAAAAGGGGAGGAGGAACUUCGACCCAGCCUGACACAAAAUAUAAAUAAUUCCUAAAAAGAGAAAAAAAAAAUAACCCAAAAGUAUUCCUCUAGAGAGACUUGUUUUCUCUUCUGCUCCUUUAUUUUUGCAGUGAAGAGGUUGUGAAAAGGUUCUUGGCUGCUCUGCCUGAGCAUCCCUCCCUGCCCCGGCGUGUUUGGGGUGAAGGAGGGCAGAGCCCUGAGCCCUUCCUAGGAUGAAGCUGAAGGAGAAGGGGAAGGGAGACAGAACGUGGAAUCAAAAGCAUGGCCUUGGCUUCAUACCACACUUUCUGUGCCUUGUUCUAUCAAUGUAAAUUCUGAAUGUUGUACAGUGAAAAUAUUGAGAGAGACUCCUUGGAAAAGGCUGCACUGGCUUCUUUUUUCAGCACAUGUACAUAUAUAAAUAUAUAUACAUAUAUAUAUAUAUUUGGUAAUGCCAACCAGCUGUGUUCUAUUGUCCUGGAGAAGUCAAAGUGGACACUUUGGGUGUUUUCUGUAGAGUUUCAGAGCUGUGUGGCUCCGGCCUUCGGAGAGAGGUGUACAGAUGGGAAUGAUGGAUAUCAGCUAUUUAUGA